AUGGCACACUCUAUUCUGACAGCCACACAUGUUUCCAGCCACAACUGUGAGUUUCAGAUGCUCGUGCCGGCCUGUAUAGAUGUUGAAGAGACAAAGAGACAGAUCCAUUAUUUGCUGGAUAAACCCUACAAUAACGGCAGCGUGAGUCUGGAUGCCGAGCCAGAGGACAUCAUAAUAUCACACAUACAGCCUGGCCUAUGUCCUCAACUGACCCAGCAGACACGGCAGGGCCUGUACUCGUGGCCCUCGACUCCGGCUGAGCGCACAGCUCAGCAGGACUGUGAGGGAGAUCGGAACAUCACAGCCUCACGCAAUUGUCUAGUAAGCGGUGAGACAAAUCAGGCAGCAUGGGAUUCUGCAGAACUGCAGGGCUGCCCAACUGUGGUGGCCAACUUCUCCAACCUGGAGCAGAUAAAAGUUACCAAUGAAACAGCUGAGGAUGUUCUGCAUAUGGUUGAGGACAUGCUGAAGGAGCACCACUCUUUGGACGAGGACGACCUGCUAACUGUGCUGAACCUGAUAGAGACUGUACUGAACGUCACUACAGUGACCCCUGGCCUCGCCGAGGUCAUUGUCAACCUCAUGUCUGACAUCCUAGUUUCAAACAGUGACCUGCAGCCCUUCACUAACAAUAUCCUGAACAUCACAGAGAAGGUUGGAGACCGAAUGUCAGGCUUCAGUGAAGAUUCGGUCAGUUUUGUGGCUCCAGCUUUAGCCCUGUCGGUGGUCAAGGUUGACACAGAACAUGUCCACAAUCUUACAUUUGGAGUGAAAUCAGCACAAAACUGUCCAUUUCCAGAGAUUUACAUUAAUCAGGAACCGUUUGAUGGCACAGUGGCAUUUAUCUCUCUUCCUGUGGCUCUACUUACAAGCUUUGCUCAGAAUAAUCUCACACUCCCCCGUGUUCAGUUCCAGUUCUAUGGAGUUCCUGCACUUUUUAAGUCACCAUAG